AUGCCUCUAUGUGAUCCUAGCGCCGGCCUAUGCCCAAUUCGCUUGUUUAUUGUCGGUUGGCAUCAUCCCAGUGUCCAGGUUAGGAGAAAAGCACUCCUCCUGAGGCCGAGAAUAAAUUGGGGCAUUGCGCAUGAAGAUGAGAAAAGCUGGUGGGUGUCUCACAUAUCACGAAUUCGAACAGCUUUUGCAAGACUGUCUCACCCCGGUUAG